UCCCGACAAGCCCAUCAGCUGGACUCUGUGCUUCUGCUGCGAGGAGUCGCCGCUGUGUGUCUUUGUCACUCUCUCUCACACACACAUCCACGGACACACAUCCAAGUACACGGACACACACACAGCACUUGAAGCUAUAAAGGGAGCAUGGCACCGAAGAGACGAGCUGCUGCUGCUACUGCCACCGCCAGGGGGAGAGGCAAGAAGGUGAAGAAGGAGCCGGAGACUCCAGAGCCCAAAGAUGCCUUCACCUCAGCCAAAGAGGCCCUGCUGGCUGCAGGACCCCAGGUGAAGAGCAGCCGGAGGGUGGAUGAGCACUGCUCAGUGUCCGGGUCUGCACAGGUGCACGAGGACUACGACUGCAUGCUGAACCAGACCAACGUUGGACAUAACAAUAACAAGUUUUACGUCAUUCAAGUUAUUAAAGCAAACAACAAAUACCAUACGUGGAACAGAUGGGGUCGAGUGGGGGAGGGGGGACAAUCCAAACUGAACACGUUUGACAAGCCUGAGAACGCCGUCAAAGACUUUGAGAGAAAGUUCAAGGACAAGACGAAGAACAACUGGAGUGAUCACACAAAUUUUGUGUCUCACCCUGGGAAGUACACUCUGAUUGAGGUGGAUGGAGAGCAGGACGCUGAGGUGAUGGUGGACAGCGUGGAUGGAAACUCUGUCAGAGUUGCUAAAAACAUUCUCCCCUGCACACUUGACACAGCAACAAAAGACCUAAUCCAGCUAAUCUUCAGUAAUGACAUGUUCAAGGAGGCCAUGGAAUGCAUGAACCUAGACAUCAAGAAAAUGCCUCUUGGAAAGCUCAGUAAGGUGCAGAUCGCAAAGGGCUUUGGUGUGUUGGAGGAAAUCGAGGCGGCCAUGAGCAAGAAAAGAACGCCUGCAGCCCGCCUGGAAGAACUUUCCUCCAAGUUCUUCACCACGAUCCCACACAACUUCGGCCGGAACAGACCACCGACCAUCUCAUCUAAAGACAUAGUGGAGCAGAAGAAAGAGAUGCUCAUGGUGCUGGCGGACAUUGAGCUUGCCCAGACUCUGAAGUCAGAGACAGAGAAGGCUCAGGAUGAGACGAUCGAGACAGUUCCUCACCCUCUCGACCAAGACUACACUUCUCUUAAAUGCAAGCUCGAGUUAAUGGAGAAGGAUACCGAAACUUUCCAGAUCAUAGAAACUUACCUGAAUAAGACGGCAGGGACUUAUCGUAAACCACAAAUUAUCGACAUUUGGGAAGUUGAUCGAGAGAUGGAGGGAGGCCCCUUUAGCGAAAAUGAUAGCCUAGAGAACCGCCGCCUGCUGUGGCACGGUACAAACAUCGCUGUGGUGGCAGCGAUCCUGAAGAGCGGUCUGAGGAUUAUGCCUCAUUCAGGAGGCCGAGUUGGUCGUGGCAUCUAUUUUGCAUCUGAAAACUGCAAGUCUGCAGGUUACGUGCGCACCUCUAAAAACACUGGUGUGAUGUUUCUGAGCGAGGUAGCCCUUGGCAAAGAGUGCACCAUCACCCAAGACGACUGUUCACUGAAGAAGGCUCCUGCAGGUUUUGACAGUGUGGUGGCUCGAGGAUCAGUGGAACCAGAUCCCUCCGAGGACAUCUUCAUCACCCUGGAGGGCAAGAAGGUUUCUGUGCCUCAGGGUAAGCCCAUACCUCAGCCCCAGUUCUCAGACAGCUACUUCAGCAACAGCGAAUAUCUCAUCUACAAAGAGAGUCAGUGUCGCCUUCGGUAUCUGCUGGAGCUGAAGAUGUAGCACCAAUUCAACCGGAGGAAAGAGGCAGGUCCUUCGAAAGAGAAAUACUCUUCAACCUUUACAUAUAAGGGCCUGCUGAAAGAGCUUGGCUGUGCUGUCUCCUAAUCUAAUAUGGUUAUUGUCUUUGCUAUUCAUCAGUAGUAAAUAGUCAUGAUGGUACUUCUCUUCUACUACUACUACUUCCUGUGCCUUAUAUUUUGCACACUGUAAAACUAUCAAACUUACAGGUUGACAGGCUUGAUCAUAAACUGUAGAGCUUCACAUAUUCACCAUUCGCCUAUCGGUAUAUUUAUCCACAUUUUGACAUGUAAACGUCUAAAAGUUCUCUAAAGGCUGUUUUGCUUUUGCAUUUCAUUAAGCACCUGAUGUUUUAUCUGUGUAUCUCACUUUAGUUCUUUGAGUAGCUUAACUCUUACAUAUUGUAUUAUUUAAUCAGAGUGGAAAUUUAAAUAUAAACCUGGUUCUCAGAAAGAAAAUGUCUUGGAUAUUUUGAAGGAAUUUGCCAUGAGCUGUUGCCCUUACACUUAAAGUUUAAAAUUAUAAUAUUAUUUUAUAGAAUAGAUAUAUAAUAAAUAUAUAAAUAUAAUUUAUAUAUGGUAUCCUAUGCACUGAAAUGUUUACAGCUGGAAAAAUGUUUGUGGAUAACCUAAAUGCACUGUUUGCAAUCUAAGAAUCUGUUAACACUGAACACUGAAAGUGUUUCUGUAGUGUUAUAUAGUAUAACAUGUAAAUAUAAUGCCAUAUUUCUUGCAUAAUAGGUCUUCCAGGUACAUGAUGGUUGUACCACAUGUCACCAUGUAGUGUCACUAGUGAGCAAAUCCUUUAUGAAUGUAAUUGCCUUAGAAAUGACUUGAACCAAUGAUUAGUUAAUAAACUAAAGUGACCCUGCA